UCGAUCGCGAACUUUUUUUUUAAUCGUCCGAAGCAGCAACAUAUAAUUAAUUCGCAGGUCUUUUUCUCUGACCAUGCAAGCUGAAAGAAACGCACCUUUUUCGGCAAAAGAUGAUAACGGGUUCGCCGAGGCGGAGAAAAUAACGUUUUAGUGAUUUUUGUUCCGGCUAUGGGUUGGGAAGUGAAGUGAAUCUGAAACGGGUACCCAAACUUGUAGGUAUUGAAACAUACGGGAAAAAUACUAUUGAUUCGGUUAAUUUAAUUAGGAAAAUUAUGUAAGAAAAAAAACAAUCGUAAGGAUCAACUCUAUUUACGAAGAAAGUUUCUAGUAAAGUACAGACGGCGAAAAUGUUGCCACGGAUUUGUAUCAAAUUCAAGUUGAAAUACUUCAUUUCGGUGAUACUAGCGGUUCUUUUGUUGGAUUACUUGGGAGCGUUCACACAUGUCUUCGAGGAGGAUUUCGACCAGACCUUCCACUAUCCGAUGGAAGGGGACAUUUUAUCACAGGUCUACCAGUUGCGGCAUGGACAGCGCCCAUCAGUGGAUCCGAUAAAUUCAUAUAACUACUCGUAUAUCACAGAUUGUAGCCAUAAAUGCAAAGAGGAUGAUCGACUGAUAGCUCCAAGGUUGGUUUUGAUCGUCAAAUCUGCGAUGAAAAAUUUCGAUCGUAGAGUAGCCAUUCGCAAGAGUUGGGGUUGGGAGAAACGAUUUUCGGAUGUGAAAAUUCGUACGGUGUUUAUGUUAGGGAGACCGGCUGUUCCCGAUCGGAGACUGCAAUCGUUGAUCGAUUUGGAGUACGCCAACUAUAGAGACAUCGUGCAGGGCGAUUUUGUGGACGCGUAUUUUAACAAUACCAUAAAAACGAUGAUGGGUUUCCGGUGGGCCGUAACCCAAUGUCCCCGUGCCAAGUUUUAUAUGUUCGCUGAUGACGAUUUUUAUGUGUCGUCAAAGAAUUUGCUCAAAUACGUUCGUAAUCCGGUUAACUAUCCGGAAUAUCUAGAGGAAACGGACGAGGCGCUUCGGAAACUGGCUCGCCGUCUCAGCCAAACAACCACCAAUAAUAAUAGCAGCGAUAGUAAUAGUCUAGAAUCGAAUGGAACCAGGCCACUGGUGCCGUCUAAAAAGCUCGAAAGAAAAAAGCGUCAAAUCUUGAACAUGGACAUGGAAUUACCGAGUGACGUCAAACUAUUUUCUGGGUUUGUGUUUCGAUCAGCGCCGCAUCGUCACAGGUGCAGUAAAUGGUACGUUUCGCUAAAAGAAUAUCCGUGGCACAUGUGGCCAACGUACGUGACGGCCGGUGCAUUCCUGCUGUCACACGAAGCCCUUUUCGAAAUGUACUACGUUAGCAUGUACACUAAACAUUUCCGCUUUGACGACAUCUAUCUGGGCAUCGUGGCCCUGAAAGCCGGCAUCGAACCUCUCCACUCCGAGGAAUUUUACUUCCACAAGGCACCCUUCCUGGGGCCGCAAAGCUACAAGUAUGUGCUGGCAACCCACGGCUACGACGAUCCUGAAGAGCUAGUCAAAAUUUGGAACGAAGUCCGCGCUGCUGGCUACGCGUAAUCAAGGAAUUGAGUCACCCAAUCCAUGCGAUACAUUUCAAAAUGUAGUUCUCCCUCAGGGAGAGAAUUUCAUAUUUUCAAAAAAUAUGUAACCACCCAUCUAAUAUCCGUGUAGUCCAAAGACCGAUAAACAGUAGUAGAAAUUUCGCAAAGUAGCCACUACAAGUGAACAGUUUUUAGAAGUCCUAACAUUUUUUGAUAACCCAACUCUUAAAAGUAGGAUAGAUAGUGUGUGCGAUGAAUUUCCAUCGGUGAUCAUUGCAAUUACAGAAAAGACAUUUUUGCGGGAAACUGUGAAUCCUUAUAGCAUUUCAGCAAAACAGCAGCUCUCAACUUUGAAAGUCAGUUUUCAGACUUUUCUUAGACUGAUGUGAUAACCAAACAAGUAGAUUGAACAGUUAGUUUUUCAGGUACUGCGCUAUCAUAGGUUUUAGGGUCAUUUUAUUUGUGACAUAUGUCUUAUCAGCAGAAGGAAAUCGAAACGAGUACAUCGCAUAUUAUACUGAUUAUUCAUUUAGAAAAACAAAAUCUAGUCUUAAGAUAUGCCUACACACAAAAUUUUCGAGGCUCCACUUAGCAAAAAUUAGCUGUUACUUUCCGUUAGCAAAAGUUUUUUUUUACUAAUGAGUUAGCACUUUCUAAUUUUAUCUUUAAAUUCGCUCAAAUUGAGUAAAAACAACCCAUUUACUGCUGAAUUUAGUAUUUACGGUAGCAUGGACUCCAACCGCGGUCGUAUUUUGCUUUAUUUCAGCAAAUGUCAGAUCAGCGAGCAGCUAACCAAAACAAAGAAAAAGAAGAAGUUUUGCGCAAUCGAGUUUUGUUUUGUUAAAAUUAUUCCGAUUAAAUUCGUUCGUUCGGUCGCGAUUUCAAAACAUUUCGGAUCAAAUUAGUUCCCGGUUCCAAGAGUUCCGUUUUCCGACGGUUAUUAAAAUAAUUAUUAUCGAAAAAAGAAAGUUCUGGAAACAUAUGGGAAUAGUUUUCAACGACGGUUGUUGCCGCGUCUGUCAGCUUUCUUGGCUCUGACGGGAUCACGACCCGGGAGUUACUGUUCAUCAUUUGGGUCGUCUGUGAGCCGUUUCCACUUGCGCUGCAUUUUCAAGUGGUUUAAUUCCGAGAUGGCAGUUCUUGCAUUCCCGGUUUCAACACACCGAUUUCGGAAGGCUGUUUUGGUGAGGGACAACCCCCUGGGGGGUAUAUGGCAUUGUAUGAAAAAGUGCUAGGGAGUUUGAUGUUAUUUUUGAGUUUGAAAGAAUAUUAAAAUUUUACCCCUUGUUUUUUCAGAAAGGAUAUAAAACGAUCCUAGUUAGGAGAGCUUGAAUCCGGAUUCGAAAAGAAUGAGGACGGUGAUUAUUUGUGAGCUAAAAAUUAUCUUAUUACGUCCUGGGUGUUUCAGUGAGGAUUUUUUACUGGGUAAGUGUUUUUUAUUUAGACAAGUCUUCAACAGUCCAAUUGAAUUUUCAAAUUAUGAAAGUAAUCAGUUUUUAAAGAUUUUGAGUUCUUAUAGUAAAUAUUUAUUUGAAUGUAAAAUGGAUGAGUACCUAUAGUAUUUGAACGUGAAUGUAAAUGUGUAACGAAUAGUAUCUACUUCGUAUUGAUUGGGCUGGAACAAAUAUCAUCCCCCUCUCUCCCUUGCGAUGUUCCAACUCCGCAAUUGCAUUUAAAUGCAAAAUAAUAUUUCGAUGUGGUUACAUUAUUUUAUCACCAAAUUUACUUACUACAACAACCCCAAAUAAGAAAAAUUAUUGCUAUGUUGAAGUGGCUUUCCGUGGUCGGUGCCACAAAUAAAUGAAAUACUAAAUUUGGCAAACAGACAUUAUAUUGUGCAACUUUAUUCAGGGUUGCGAACUUUCAAAGUCACCCAUUUUCUCCCUUCCCAUAAAGAUAAUGAUAAAAGCGACUUACAUCAGUUAUUGCUGCAUGCUGUUGUGCCCAUGUUCGGGAUUCCUCGAGCGACGUUCGCUUCCGACCCGAUGCAUGCUCAGAUUGCUUUGGCUGUGGCGCUCGACGACGACGAAAUUGAUUCCUGCGGACCCAGGGGAUCCCUGUCCUUCCUUGUCCGACCCAAUGUCCAACCUUAGGGGCGCGGACCGGAUAUUCCGCUGAUCAGCACCACGCUGGCGCUGCGAUUUGCUAUUCGACCGUCCGCCGAGGCAAACCAGUACACUUUUCUUCCACAGGCUGCACUCACACCGCGGAUCGCGGUAUCUUCCGGCUGACGCUUGACUCGCGCCACAGAAUUUCCGGAAACACCUCCUCACGCUUGUCAUCUGCUGACCAAUCUUCGAACGGCGGUGGAAAACAGAAGCUCACCUCCCACUGCUCGGACAAAUCCACGGGUGGAUUCAAAAUCCCGCUUCUGAGUGAUUGCACUUGCGGUCACAAUCGGAAUGACCUCCCUUCUCCGUGUCUUGCAAGUUCGACCACCGGAAAGACUCGCAGACGGCAGUGUCUCUGGCACCAGGUUUUCAAACCGAAGAAGGUUCCCGUAUGUGGUUCUGCGUGAAUGGGAAUCGCAUGCAAAAGGUGACCGCAACUCCAGCAACAGGCUAGCGGCGAUUCGAUAAAAGAAAUGCCCGUCAAAACGCUCCUGCUUCGGGCGAUAAUAAAAGUGCAAUGCCACUGGGCGGCACGUAGACGCAAACCGCGUAAUGUAGGAAUUCGCUCCUCGCUGGCUGGAUUUUCCGGAUGUUCCCGGAACAAACUGUUCCUGCUCAAAUGGCCUCACGGAAUGGAUUGCCGUAGGGGUCUUCUGCCGACGUCAACUUCCCGUCUCGUGUCUUCAAAACCGGAAGUGGUGUCCGGAUUGAAUUUCGGAACCGAUCGCCAACUGCUGAGCGAGGUAAACCGAAAAUGCAAAUGCGCAAUCCCCGUAGGCGGCCCUGGAUGUCAGCGAAUUAAAAUGUUCCGGUGUGAUCGGCCUCACGGAAUGGAUCACUGCAAGGGCCUUCUGCCGAGGUUCGCCUCGGACCACGUGUAUUCUGAUCCGGAAGUGGUAUCCGGAUUAAUAUUCGGAUCCACUCGAUGACUGCCGGGCUACGCAAACAGCGAAUAUAAACGAAAAAAAAAGGGUCCUGUGGGAACACAAAUCUGGUCAGGCAUAAAUUCAUUUUCCAAUUCGAAUGUCAGUACUUACAGUACACCUGACCCCUUUUUGUGUCACUUCUUCGUUUGCCUGUUUUCUGGCCGCUUUGCGGUUCUGCACUGGGCUUAUUGGCGAACUGGCUGGUGGUCAGAACUAAAGUGAUAUUUUUGUUAAAAGUCGGUCGUGUCGGUGGCAAUUUGCUACGGCUUACCUGUCGACUCUUCGUCACGUGUGGACAGAUUCGUUCCCUUGCGCUUUCCGGGUUGAAAACGACCGGAUUAUGUGGCGCUCAGUUGGUGGCUUGGCGACUAAAACAAAACAUUUUCCAUGAGGGAUUGGUUGAGUUGAUACCAGUUAGGUUAUUCUCACCUUUUCCUUGCUUUGAGCCGUGAUCCGCUUCAAGUCGUCUUCGGCCUUACCGGAUUCUUGGAUCGCUCGGUUCUUUGGGUAGCUGACGGCGAGAUGCCACUGGAAUAACGUUUUCCGUAAGCGAAGGGUUUGCGUCAGAGGUGAUUAUAAUGCUGCUUACCUGUGGCUUCGGCCGAGAAAAAAUGAUUUUCCGGGGGCAGUUUUUUUUUCACCAAUGGCGCACUCUUACUUUUUUCAGCACUUUCUGUGCCCUCUUCCGGAAGCGCAAUGUUGCCAACUGUCAAAUGGGGCUUCUUUCUAGGCCUUUCUAGCCAAUUCUUGGCCGUACGAAUGUUGACAGAUGUCAAGCCCGAGUUUCUACUAUGCCUGACAGAUAUCUGGAUGAAUAUUUUCUUGCAGUUGCGGAUUUCUGUACCGUGUUUUGCUCCAGUGUUUUGUUUUUUCUUUUGCAGUUUUUAUUCACGCUUAAUAAUCUUUUAUGGGGGAAUGGGUUAAUAAUAAACUGUUUGCGAAUAUGCUCUUAUCGUAUCAAUAAUAAUCAACAAAAUAAUCAUAUGUAACAGCUAUCAGGAAAUCAAAAUAGAAUCUGGCCGUCUAGCUAUUAUAAUUUCAAUGUAUAUGCGACAGCAUAGAAAGUUAUAAUAAUUAUUUGUUUUUCAGAUUUUGUUGACGGAGAUGUCUGAAACAUCGUGGUGACACUGCAUGCCUCAAGUACGCGAUGAUGGAAGAAACUGGAAAACUUCCCGAGAUGAAACUUAUGGUAAUAGCUAUUUCUAUGUAUGUUUAUAACAUUAGACUAACUUUCUUUUUCUUCUCAGGAACUAACUGACCACCAUGCCGCCAAACUAAUACCGGUGUCAACAUUUUCAAUUGAUCGUGAAAAGAAAAGUCCGAAGAGAUAAGACCCGCAGGGAAAUGCAAGCAAAAAUAAAAAAGAAUAGAAGAUAAAAGCACAUUAAUUCUUAUUUAUUAUAUCCGAGAAAGAAAUCCCGUUCAUAAAAAAUAAUGAAAUUUUAAAUUUUACUCAUUUUCUAGUAAUUAUAUUUAAAAAAAAAGUUGCUAACAUUUUAGCAAACAAUUUUUAUUUUGCUAUACAAUUAGUAAACUUCUAGUCAGGACACUUUUUUGUAUUUUGCUAAAAUUUUAGUUAAAAAAAUUUGCUAAAUUGAUUGCUAAGUACUUAGCUGGUCAAAUUUGAGCAAAAUUUUGCUAAUUUCCGGCCUCGAAAGUUUUGUGUGUAGUUGUAAGUGUUUCAUCUUAUCUUA